GAUCAGUUCCAUUAACUCACAGCUUGCUUCUCUUGACUUCCUUUAGUGAGGUCAGCUCUUGUGGUGUAUGUGUGCGUGUGUACAGUUCGAUAGAAUGGAGGAUUUGGCAGAAUAUCAUGGACCCAUCAGUAAGAACCAAGCAGAAGAGAUCCUGAACGAAGCGGGCAGAGAUGGCAGCUAUCUGAUCAGAGACAGCAUGAGCUGCGUGGGGUCUUACUGUGUGUGUGUGCUGUGUGAUGGAUGGAUUUACACCUACAGAGUUUUCAAACAAAAGGACGGACUCUGGACAAUAGAGAAGGCUCCUGGGAUGAAGGAACGACUCUUUCGAAGCGCCAGAAACCUCAUUGCUGCAUUUAAGAUCCCGGACCAAGGCAUCUCUAUUCCUCUGCUGUAUCCUGUGAACAAACCUCAACAAUAACACACAAGUUGAAACCAACACCUCACUGUUUCUACCAGCGGUGGGGGCGCUUUAGCCAAGGCUAAAUUAUAGAAAAUUUGUAAAAAUGCUGUAAAUUGUAAAAAUGCUUUAAAGUGUAUUAGAUAUAUCAGCAGGGAGAAACCAUUGAAAUGCAUUUCAUGAUUUCAAUUGAAAAAAUAAUGAUUGUUUCCUUUCAGGUCGAUAUCAAUAUCAAAUAUAAAAGUAAUUUUUUAUACAAUAAUUGGAACAACAAAUGCUAAGCUAUAAUAUAUGUGAAAUACCUGUCCACUCCCUACUGUGUGUUACAGUAUAUUGUACAUCUCAUCUCUGUACAAUACUGUGUUUUCUUCAAAAGGAUUUUUUUUAAAAACAAAGAACCAUCUAAAAUUAACUAGUUUUAACAAUACUCACUUCAGACAGCAGCAAAUACAGAUGAGACCCAUGAGAAAAAUAGGCCUUGAACAAAGUCAGAUCUUAUUUUCAGUCUAGUAAUGAGAGUGUGUCCGUCUAACACUUCCUGCAACAAUGCUAUCACGCUAACGUUAAAAUCAAAAUUGUUUUGAUUUCUAAUAAUUGUAAUUACAUUCAGAGCCUUUUUGAUGUUAUAAAUAAAAUAUAUAACAUGCGUAAUGUAGUUUUUUUUCCAGUCCCAAAAAAUAUUUGCAGGAGAGAUAAUGUUCUAUUUGAAUCUUUACACUCUGAAAAAAU